AUGGGCGAACAAGCCCGGUCAACAAGUGUCGUUCAUGAGUCCGAGGAGGAAAAACCGCUCCUCCAAAUCGCUCAUCGAAAGAUUGACAAGAGGCUCCUGCUAUGGUACUCAUUCGUGUAUCUUAUGCGAAUUCACGUCAGCAAUAUUAGUAACGCAGCCAUCAUUAAUCUGGAAGAAGGUACUGGCAUACGAAAACAGCUCGGAAAUCUGUCGAGUUCGCAAUGGGCUUGGGCACUAAGUAUUUUCUACUACCCUUAUAUGGUCUUUGAGCCGCUCGCGACGCUUGCUUUAAAACGAUUCUCACCAUCUAUUUGGAUGAGCCGAAUUAUGAUCACAUGGGGAAUCAUCUCAAUGUGUCAGGGAGCGACUCAGAACUAUGCCGGAAUCCUGGCUUGUCGUUUCUUUCUCGGACUGGCAGAAGCUGGCUUUUAUCCUGGAGUUUUGUAUCAUCUCAGCUUCUGGUAUCCGACACAGAAGCUUCCUCUGAGAAUCGGCUUCUUUUACGCUUGUGGGAUGUUUUCGGGGACUAUCAGCGGUCUUCUAGCCUACGCUAUCUCUUUCAUGAAUGGCGUUGGCGGCCUUGCUGGCUGGAGAUGGCUCUUCAUUCUUGAAGGAAUCCCGGCUAUCCUUUACCCGGAAACAUCCAAGUUCCUCACAGAACCCGAAAGAGAUAUUGUUCUCGCCGACCUUCCCGAGCAAGCACCGACGAUGAAGGCUAAGACCAUCAACUUCGAGCAAAUCAAGGAACUCUUCCGCAGCUCUACUUUCAUACCGUUCUUGAUGAUAUGGAUUACCCAUGGAAUCGGAGGCUGGGGCAUCUCCUUCGUCUUGCCAACCGUCAUUUAUGAACUCGGCAUAUCGAACACGGCCAUCUCGCAAGUCAUGACAAUGCCACCAUUCACCUUGGUCUUUGUCAUUCUUCUAUCGCUCGCCUUUCUCGUCCAUACCCGGAGACUGAGCCCUUGGGUUGCUGGUCUCGGGUUAGAGGCAGCUCAAAUCGUUUGCUACAUCCUGCUAAUCACAGUGAAACACCCCAUCGCAAAGUACAUCUUCGUCAUGAUUGCAACUGCCGCAUCGCAAAGCUUCUUUGCUAUCAUCUGGCCAGAGAGGAUUCGAGCAGCGAAGGGAACUACGACUGCAGGUCUGGCAAUUGGUCUCACCAACGCGCACGGGCUUGGAUUUGUGGAAGCUUUGGAGAAGUUUUCCGUCGCUAUACUUGACAUGGGGGCAGAGAUCACCCUCGCGAGUUGCAUCGGCGGAAAGAUCAUUGAGCUUUCCUUCCAAAACAUCCCAACUUAUGCUGCCAUCAUUCGCAUCAUCGACGUCUAG